AUGUCUCUGAGCAUCAAGACAGGUUUUCCCCAAGUCUCCUCUAAGGGUAGAACUGUCCAAUGUCAGAAUUACUUGGGAGAGGUGGUGGAAGUGGUGGUAGAAGAGGUGGAAGAGGUGGUGGAAGUGGUGGUAGAAGAGGGGGUAGAAGUGGUGAUGGUGAACAUGUAUCAGAAAGUUUUGGGAAAAAAAGAACCUGGGAUUGAGACUCAAUUUUUCACCCAAACAACACCUAAUGUUGAGAGUCAAUUUAUCACCCAAACAGCACCUACUGUUGACAGUGAACAUGUAUCAGAAACACAAAAAGCUGAUGUUAACAUUGAUGAUGAAGUUGAUGGUAUUGAUAUGGCUGACCUGGAUCAAAUACUAAGUGAUUUGAGUUACCUUAGAGAGUCAAAAUACAGUGAAGCAGAGAUCCUUAUAUGUCUUAAUAUCACCCAAUCACAACUGAAAGGAUUUGAUGCUUUGAUUCACCAAUCCAAACAAGCUGCAAAGAUGUACCAGAAACAACAGGAGGACAAUGGUGAAGAUGGAGCUGAAGAAUCACAGGAGGACAAUGAUGAAGAUGGAGCUGAAGAAUCACAGGAGGAGGGUUGGUGA